AACAAGCAUCAUCAUGUGUUAGUCACCAGCCCAAAAGUGUUUAUCUUGCUUCACUUCUUGCGUUUGGGCAGUACUGGAUCAGCAAUCAAUCCAACCGACAAAGUCAGCGUUUCCACUAUUUCAUUCUUUAGAACAAUCUCCUACUGAAACCAUCCACUCUUUUAUUUUUCAGGGUACACCGACGAUACAGUCAUGGAGGUCCCUUGCAGAUGGACUGAUUGCUGGAAGCUAGUCUCGUUCCCCAAUCUUCCCCGGCAUAUCCAGGAGAUACACGGUCUCACUAGUGGCUUUGGAUGCGAUUUCUGCGGUCUUUAUGAUACAUCCAGUCAAGCAGAGCAAGUCAUCCGCUCUCACAUCGCCCAAGAACAUCCGAGGCAAGCUGCAUUUGUACGCCCUACCACCCGUGCCUUAGCACACAGCUAUCGACGCCGACUCAUAGAAACAAACCCAGCUGUGAGAGGAGUGGCAUUGAAUUCCUACUGGACUCGUCAUCAUGCGGACAGCGUUAGCACAUCGGAGCAGCAUGACAAUCAACCUGAAUAUCUACUCACAUCCGUGCAGUCCGCCGGACAGUUCGACCUCCUAGCUACUCAGAACCAGUCUGACCAUUCAGAAACUCCGACGCAGUUCAUUUCUCCCAAGAGUUAUGAACAUCCCGGGCGUUCGAACCAUCUUGAACCUUCCAAGGCACUGCAUUCCUAUAUAACUCCUGAAGAGCAAAUCUACAUCGAUCCCCUCCAAGCACAAGAGAACCAUGAACCUCAUCAAAAGAGACGGGAAUAUGUCGAGCCUCCUAGAAAGCCCUGCCGAGAUUGCGGUGCCCUGGUCUCCUAUGCAAACGCUGCCAUCCGACGACACAUUCGUGAUCACCAUCCCAUCAUCGUCGAUUUGAAUCAUGUUUCAAUGUUCGAUGAUCUCGAUGCUAUUGCCAGUAGCGACUCACUGGAAGAUUGGAAGUACUUUGCCACUCUUGCCGAGCAAGAGGAAAGCGAUCAUGAACAACAUGAAAAGAUAUUCGAUGCAGAUGAAGACAGUGGUGAUGAAGAUGGAGAUGGUGAUGAAGAUGGAGAUGGUGAUGUUCAAGAUACCGUCGUCAAAGAAGCGUCAAGAGGAUCAAUGGAUUGGAACUUCAAAGAACAAGACAUCAGCCUCGUUUCGACCUACAAGACAUCAACAAUGCGUGCUAAUCUCUUGAAUAUUGCGGAAACGAGUCUGCGAAGAAAAAUUUUGAGUUGCAUCGAUGGGUCGACGGUCAAGCAUGUCGCGGACGUCUUUGGAAAGCAUGAAACGAAGCUUGUUGGGUCUUGCACGUAUCGUGUUAGCCAGAGGCUGCCAAGCUAUGUGAAGCUUUCUCCCAACCUCGACAACGUGGUCUUCGCGAUGUUCAGAAACAACCGCUGGGAAUGUAAGGUCCCUCAUUGCGGAGCCACGUUUAAGCAUGUAGUUGGUAUCGAUAUGCACCUACAGGCACACGGCACAAUACGUCUCACCAAGUGGUAUUGUGGCGAUGUCAGUUGUUCUACCGGAAAGGAAAAAGUCUUUAACGAUCGUGCUGCGUUUGACUCACACAUCACGACGGUUCAUAUGGGCUCGCAGUAUAGCAAUGCAGCUGGACGACGAGUGCCUAAGAUUGAGAUCCUGCUCACCAGUCUCAUUGGGAAAUUGAAAAAUCCUCUAACCCAGCAAAGCAAGGAAGAAGCGGUCACUUGCCUUCAACCCAACCCCUGCGAGGGAGAUCAGCACGUGAAUCAGGUAUUCUAUCGGGUUCAAACAUCCACGGGCACCGUGGAUAUGCUCGAAAAAAAUGCCCUGGAAUACCUCUUGGAUUAUCAUGGCCUGAGCUCUUCUUCCGGAGCUAAAUCGGGUGCACUCCUCAGACAUCUUCGGUGGCCGGACGGAGUAGUGGCAGAGAGGAUUGAAACGCCGGCAGGAAAAGAUCAAUCUAACAAAGUUGAUCAAGCAAGAGAUCAAGCAAGAGACUACCGGUCGCGCAGGUAUACUCACCAGUGCCCUUGGCCAGAUUGUGAGUAUAUGACAAGCCAUCCUCCGCUCAUUCGCCUCCAUUUCUUGAAAUCUCAUCUAGAGUGCAUGUGGGGAUGCCCUGAGAAGGGUUGUGAGUAUGCCAUGUAUCGGGAACCUGAGCUUCUGGAACGUCACAGAAUGCAGUGCCAUAUUGGCAGCCCUCUCCAAUGCGGCCAUCAACACUGUAGCCAAGCGUAUUUACGCGACCAUCUCGCAAGCAGAGGCCAUCUGAACCACGCUACUCUCCGUCGGCACUUUGAGACCCAUUUCAAUCGAGGUCGAAAUAGCCCUCAGCUUCCAACUCGAAUCCGGGACUCAGGUUUAUUGAGUACAGUUCGCGUGCCUGAAGGGAGGCUCCCCUCGGAUGACGAAUACUGGAACACCUAUGCUGGACGCAGCUCGGCGUACCUAGACGCGGAGCGCCGAUCCAGUCGAAAAUCACAGAAUUACGAGUUCCUAGGUGGCCGCGAAGAUGUCGUUUUUCAGGGUCAGACGAUGACUUGUUCCGGAUUUUGGUAUCAUGAUCGCCACUUCUCUUGUGUGGACUCUAUUCCUUUGAAUCUGGAGACAGCCAUGUUGAUCUUUGCCCCGAGAUUGCUACGAUAUACAGUGGCACCGACGUGUGACUAUUGUAUCCACGUUAUGUCGUUGAUCUCACGGCCUUUAGCGAGUCUGCCGCUGCCAUACUGUUUUGGAGACAAGUCUGGCCUGGAGCCGAAGAUUCGAGUUGGUAUUGGUCAAUUCAUCAACAACCACGCCUCCUUUGAAAUGAUGAUGCAACAAGAGCCUCUAAGGAUCCCCCCUAGAGCAGAGGAGUACAGACACUUCAAGUUGACACUUCCCUGGCGUAUUUUCAUUGUCGAUUUUGAAACGGUGUACCGCCAGGAGCGAAGAAAUCUGCCCCAAUAUCUCCUCGAGCUUACUGUUCGUGAUGGAAAUGGUAAAAUCAUUGUGAACUGCGUUAUCAACAAUGAAGGGGUCACUAACACCAUGUUCGAGGCUGAAGUUCGGCGCGCAGGGUAUACCUGUCCAGGGAAGCUAGGGCUUAUAAGACAUCGAGGGCCUACGGAGAACAAACUCCCUCACAACGCGAAAACGCCAAAGGAGAUAGUUGACAUCCUGAUUGCUGCAGGCUUGAACCGUAACAUACUCUGGAUAGAAUAUUCCAGAGGCUACUUUGACCGAGGUUGCAUGGAGCUUCUCAUUAAACAAGCUGGAAUGUCACCCGAAUCGAUCCUUCCGCCUCCUGAAAGAUGCUGGACAGUUCUGCAAGAUUUGAUGCUCUGCUUACCAGGACUGGGAUCUUACAAACUCGGUCGCAUUGCUCGGUUGAUGAACCCAGAGAAUCCAGAUUUGCAGCGACUGCAUUUCUCAGAUGCGGAUACUGCGGUUCUCUUCGACGUUCUCAACCUCUGGGUCUUCAAGUAUGGAAGAUCCGAGGCGGCAUAA